CUUCAGCAGCAACAAUCAUUUUCAAUGUGAUAUGUCUUCUAAAAAAAAGAAGAGGAAUAUGAAUGACGAAAAAAUUUUGAGGAAAUUGUUCAUUGGUGGUCUUUGCAAUUUAUUUGUGAUUACCUUUGGUGUCCAAGGAUUAGAUUCUCAUUCAGCUGUUCAAGACAACGUCGAGUUCAUCUUCUACAACGAUACUACCACUUGGGACGGUGGUCAGGAAAGAUGCAAGGAAAAUGGAGGGUAUCUUGUUACCUUGGAGACCACAAGAAAAUGGGAGUUCAUUUCCCAAGAAAUUCGAAAUCUUUCUUGUCCCCGACAAGAUGAGUGGUAUAUCGGCUUGCAUUUUACAGGUCAAAAUUGGACAUGGAUAAAUGGAGAGCCAGCGACGGAGUCAAAUUUACUUUGGCAGCCGAGGGAGCCAUCAGGUGAUGGAAAGUGUGUGGUCAUUGCUAAGGAAUACCCAUCAACAACUUACGGGAAGUAUAAUGACCUGAGUUGCGAAACGUACAAAGGAUUCAUUUGCGAAGUGAAAUUACCCGCAGGUAAAAAUAGAUUAUACAAUUUAUCUAAGAACUGACUGAUUUGAUGAGAU